AGGUAACAAGCACAAACCAUGGAUGGAAGCGCAGUACCAGGGGAUCAUAAUGGAGAAUGACAACACCGUGCUGCUUAACCCACCACUGUUUGCUUUGGACAAGGAUGCACCACUGAGAUACGCAGGUGAAAUCUGCGGAUUCCGGAUUCAUGGAGCUGGAACUCCCUUUGAAGCUGUCGUUCUUGACCGAACAACAGGGGAAGGUCUGAUCCGUGCCAAGGGCCCCGUUGACUGUGAGGCACAACGAGAGCACACCUUCACUAUCCAGGCUCAUGACUGUGGAGAAGGUCCUGAUGGAGCAAACAGCAAGAAGUCCCACAAAGCAACGGUACAUGUCCGCGUGAAUGACGUCAACGAGUUUGCCCCAGUCUUUGGAGAGCGGGUGUUCCGGGCCUCUGUCACCGAGGGGCGUAUGUACGAGCGUGUGUUGCGUGUGCAGGCAUGGGACCAGGACUGCUCCCCUCAGUACAGUCCAGGUCUGCUUCUAUCAGAUCCUGACCCCCAAUGUGCCCUUCACCAUCGACAAUGACGGUUAUAUAAAGAACACUCAGCCUCUGCAAGCCAAUGGUGACAGGUUGAUCAGAUUCACGGUGACGGCAUAUGACUGUGGCAAGAAACGGGCCGUGGAGGAUGCAGAGGUGGAGAUCCAGGUGAAGCCCAUCUGCAAGCCCAGCUGGAAAGGCUGGAACAAACGCAUUGAGUACGUACCUGGCACCGGCAGCCUGGCAUUAUUUCCCAGCAUUCACCUAGAGACCUGCGAGGAGCCAAUAUGGAACAUUCAGGCUACUGUGGAGAUCCAAACCAGUCACAUCGCCAAGGGCUGCGAUCGGGACAACUACUCCGAGAAAUCAUUACGCAAGCUGUGCGGAGCUGCUGCCGGAGAUGUUGACUUACUCCCUCCCCCCAGCCCAUUAUAUAACUGGACACACAGCCUGCCCAUACAGGAUACACAGGACAGCAGCCCAGUCUACUGGUUCAAUGGAUCCCAGUCAGUGGAAGUUCCUCCUGGGCGGUUACCUGCAGGGGGCGGAGCAGCGGAUCACCUGACUCUUUCUUUUUGGCUGAAACAUGCAGGGGGAAGUGGAGGGAAGGCAGGAAAGGAAGAGGAAGUGUUGCUGUGUAACACGGUACAAAAUGAUGGCAGCUUCUCACAUUAUACUCUGGCGGUUCACGGUUGCCGAAUCUCCUUCCUCUACUGGUCCCUAUUGGACAGCGCCCGUCCCGUCAAGUUCCUCUGGAAACUAGAACAGGUGUGCGAUGUAGAGUGGCAUCAUUAUGCUCUGAGCCUUGAGUUCCCAACCGUCUCCCUCUAUGUGGAUGGUGUCACGUAUGAUCCUGCACUUAUUCAUGAUAAUGGAGCCCUCACCCCUCCCAAACGUCAGGCCAGGCUCAUGAUUGGAGGCUGCUGGACAGGGGGGGAAAAACGUCCAGACUGGAAGGGGGGGAAAGCGUCCGGACUGGAAGGGGGGGGAAAGCGUACUUCUGUUGGCCGGUUCCUGCGUGGUUACAUUUCCGGUCUGUCCCUUCGGUUGGGUCCUGUGGAUUCUCGGGAAGUGAUAGAAUGCCUCUAUUCCUGUAAGGAGGGUCUGCAGUACACCGACUUUGACAGUCUGGGGAAAGGAAUGAAGGUUCACGUGAACCCCGCUCAGUCCCAGCUGUCCUUGGAAGGGGAUGACGCAGCCUCCUUCAGCCGAGCUCUGCAACACGUUGAAUACCUCAACUCUCUACAGUUUCCAACACCGGGCGUUCGACCCCUUAAACUGCAGACCUCUGUCAGGUGUGUCAGUGACGAAGGAUGUCUCUCAGUACCAGAUCUAGACGGCUACCUUGUGGUUCUACAGCCAGAUGCCCCACAGGUCCAACUAACGGGGUCCCCUCGGUCUGCACACCCCAUAUCCGACUUCCAAGGGACACUUGGGGUUCCAAUAUUCCCAGAUUUGAGGAUUACUUGCACUGUAUCUCAUUCAUUAACGCCAAAUAAGCUUGAAAGAGCACCGAGAGCAGGUAAGGGGUCUCUUCUGUCACAAAAAAUGUUUUCAAUUUGUAAAUAUGGGGCACAUGUGAAUAUUUCAUAUUAG